UCAUUCGCAUUUCUAUUUCAUGAGCGAAAUUAAAUUACCUCCCGUGAAGUGGUUGAUUUCCUCUGGCUGGUUGCACUUUGAAAAUCCGGUAGAAUAAAUUUCCACCAGGCAGCAUCUACCAACCAACCCACAUUAAUCGUGUGUCCACUCCAGCUGUACAUUACAAAUACAUGUUAAUUAGUCAGUAGGGAGAGAUUCGUAGGGAAAACGGCGUGAUUUAUGGUGGUGGUUGGUUGGUUAGUUGGUGUUCCAUAUCCUUCACGCUCAGGCCUGUUUUUUCCGUGGUGGGAGAAGUGAAAGCGUUGAGAAGAGAAACUGAGUGUGAGCUUUUGAGCGUGUGGUGGUGGUGGUGGUUUUAGGAGAGAAGAAGACGAAGAAUUGUGUCAGAGAGAAAGUUGCUGCCGAAUCGACAGGUAUUUUGACUUUCUCUCCGACAAGAGUGGAAAUAAAAUUGAAAGACGAACCGUCGUCCUCAUUAGUUUUAUUAUCAAGGCAUCCUUCCAUUUCCAUCUAUUCAUUCCACCAUUUUCUCGGAAGAAUUUGAGCAGAGCUUGACUAGAUUUUUGUAUGAACGUGUCUUUUACCUAAGUGGUAGGAUGUACUUGCCGAUACAUUCGAAGAUAUUAUAAGUACGUGUACACAGAGUGGUGGGUAGGAUCGAUAUUAAUAUUGAAUUACACUGGUAAUAGUGAAGUGAACCAACCGACUGACUUUCCAUUCUACUUUCUCCCUAUGCAACAGGAGUCAGAAAGAAAGAAACAAGGAGGAGAAGAGUCAUUCUUUCCCUUCGCGGUAGAUUGAGUAGAAAAAUAAAACUAGAGAGAUCGGGUUCCUUCUUCUUUCUUUUUUACUUUGUGUUUUUUUCUACACUCGCUUUUCGCAUUUCGCGAGAGGAAAUGGAUUUCGUUAAUUACUCGGAGAAAGUGAAGUCGUGUUAUUAGUUGGAGUUGGAGGAUUGUGUGUCGGAGAUGAUUAACUGAGGAUCUGACCAUAAGAUUGUGAAAAAAAUGUCUGAAACGGACAGCCUGGCAUCGGAGGUGAUCCGGCCGAUAUUUCGUCCCUUCACGAGAACCUCGCUGGACAAAAUUCACGCUCGUAUGACGGAGGAAACGAAUCGGAAGAAAGAACUGGAACGGAAACGAGUCGAAGGCGAGGUCAGGUACGACGAAGAGAGCGAGGACGAAGGACCACAUGCAGACGCCAGUUUGGAACAGGGAAUGCCAUUGCCAAUUCGAAUGGCUGCAGCUUUUGAGACCGACCUGGCAUUCGUACCGCUGGAAGAUAUUGACCCAUAUUAUCAAAACCAACCGACCUUUGUCAUCAUAACGAAGAAGAAAGAUAUUUUCAGAUUCUCUGCAACCAAGGCUGUCUGGCUGCUCGAUCCAUUCAAUCCAGUCAGACGGGUUGCAAUCGGAAUUCUGACGCACGGUUUAUUUUCACUCGUAAUUAUCACAACAAUUUUAGCUAAUUGUGCAAUUAUGAUAUUGCCAGCCUCACCUCUGACGGAGUCAACCGAAGUAAUUUUUACGGCAAUAUAUACUUUUGAAAGUGGAGUGAAAGUCAUGGCGAGAGGAUUUAUCCUGGAAAAAUUCACGUAUCUUCGAGAUGCAUGGAAUUGGUUGGACUUUGUCGUCAUUUCGCUGGGGUACGUGACUUUGGGCAUAAGCCUCGGAAAUCUUGCGGCGUUAAGAACUUUUCGCGUUCUUCGUGCCCUAAAAACUGUAGCAAUCAUUCCAGGUUUAAAGACCAUCGUGGGUGCUGUAAUCGAGAGUGUGAAAAAUCUCCGGGAUGUGAUCAUUUUGACCAUGUUCAGCUUGUCCGUCUUUGCACUCAUGGGUUUACAGCUUUAUAUGGGAAUAUUGACGCAAAAAUGCAUUCUUAACAUGCCUGACGACAUCUUUUAUGGGGACGACGAGGAUAUUUAUGCAUCUUGGUACGGCUGGCACAACAAUAAAAGCAACUGGUACACUGAGGAUCCCGAAAAGGAUUAUCCAUUAUGUGGAAAUUCCACGGGGGCAGGAACCUGCCCUGGAAAUUAUACUUGUAUGCAAGGCUUCGGAAAAAAUCCAGAUUAUGAUUACACUUCCUAUGACUCGUUUGGUUGGGCAUUCCUCUCCGCUUUCCGCUUGAUGACUCAGGACUACUGGGAAAGCUUGUACCAACAGACUUUACGGGCUGCAGGCCCAUGGCACAUCACGUUCUUCCUCGUCAUCAUCUUCCUUGGCUCGUACUACUUGGUGAAUCUCAUCCUCGCCAUUGUCGCCAUGUCGUACGAUGAGCUCCAAAAGAAAGUUGAAGAGGAGCAAGCCGCUCAGGAUGCGGAGGAGGAGGCCAUGCGGGCGGAAGAGGAGGCUCGAGAGGACGCACGAGAAGUCAGAGAUCAGGCCAGAGCAGCUCGAACAGCUGAGCGAGAUCAAGUCGGAGAAAAUCCACCAAAAUCUCCAGUCUUGUCACAAUUUUCUUCCAGAAGUUAUGAAAUGUGGGCAGGAGAACAGGGGGCGGAUGACCAGCUAAAAGAUGCCAAAUCCGAGUGUGGCGACUCACUCAUGGAUGGAAGGUUGAAUGGAGGAGUUGGGACGAGGGUGGAGAAAUCCACAACAAGUUUACCCGGAAGUCCGUACAAUGUUAGCCGGGCAUCGCACAAUUAUUCUCAAUACAGCAGAUGUUUGGAUGAGAAACGUCCCCUGAUUUUGUCCACGUACCUGGACGCCCAACAGCAUCUUCCAUUUGCCGACGAUUCAACAGCUGCGACGCCAAUGUCAGAGGAAAAUGGGACAAUCAUUGUCCCCUUCAAUCAAUCGUGGCAUCCUCACCAUCACCCACAUGCACAACAUUUCGGCUACAUUUCACGUCAUUCGUCUUACAACUCGCACUGUUCUCGGUUAUCUUACCACUCGCACGACCAACUUCCCGUGACCAAGGAGAAGCAAUUGCGAGACCGAUCGAAUAAGGCGUUGGCUGAUAGUAGUCAUCUUGAGGCCCCGGGACGUUUUGUUGACGAGAUGCCGAAAAAUAAACCAACACCCCACCAACAGCAACGCAGGGACACGAUGCAUUCUGCACGGUACCGGCCACCUUCUACGAGCGUGGACAUUCGAGAUGUGUUGGUGCUAGCUGAUAUUAUUGAGCAAGCGUCAGGUCCUCCGCAUUCUCGGCGAAUUAGCGACAUGGAGGAGGAAGAAAAUGCACGAAACUUGCUGAAGCAAAAGAUCAUUGAGGGAUGUUUCCGCUGCAUCGAUAUUUUCUGCGUUUGGAACUGUGGCUUCCCGUGGAGUGUUUUCAAGAAAAUUGUGGCAUUCAUUGUUUUCGAUCCUUUCAUGGAAUUGUUUAUUACGCUUGCGAUUGUAGUUAACACGGUCUUUAUGGCGUUAGAUCACUACGGUCUUUCGGACAACCAGGGUUUAUAUGAUACAUUGAAAACCGGAAACAAGGUUUUCACUUCAAUUUUUACUGUGGAAUGUAGCAUGAAGCUGAUUGCUAUGAGUCCAAAAUUUUAUUUUCAAGGAGGCUGGAAUGUUUUUGAUUUCAUUAUAGUAUUCUUAUCGUUGCUGGAAAUGUUGUUCGAGGAUGCUGGAAUGCCAGGGAUCAGUGCCCUACGGAGUUUCCGUUUGCUACGAGUCUUCAAGCUUGCCAAAUCAUGGCCAACGUUAAAUCUACUUAUCAGCAUUAUGGGAAAAACAAUGGGCGCUUUAGGAAACUUAGUCUUCGUCUUGAUAAUUAUUAUAUUUAUCUUUGCCGUGAUGGGGAUGCAACUCUUUGCAAGAAAUUACUUUGAUAAAGUAUCACUAUUUCCGGGGGCAGAGCUUCCACGGUGGAACUUUACCGAUUUUGGACACUCUUUCAUGAUAAUCUUCCGUGUCCUGUGUGGUGAAUGGAUUGAAUCAAUGUGGGACUGCAUGUUGGUCACGGGCCCGGCGUGCAUCCCAUUUUUCUUGGCGACUGUGGUGAUUGGAAAUCUUGUGGUGCUUAAUCUCUUCUUGGCCUUGCUCCUCUCCUCUUUCGGAGCAAGUAGCUUAUCUGCCCCUACCGCGGACGCAGACACAAAUAAACUUGCCGAAGCUUUCAACAGAAUCGGAAAAUUCAUACGAUGGAUUAAGAAAUGUGUACAAAAUGCAAUUGGAUGUGUUUAUGAUUGGAUUAUGGGUUUGAAAAACAGCAUAGUUAACAGGAUCCGAAACGUAAUACAACCUCCCCCACCGCCACUGGACCCUGCAGAUGAAGCAUCUUCGAAAGACGUUGCUCCUGAACCAGAAAUUGCUGAACCAGUCAAGGCAAAAAGCAAACUUGCAGACACUGCUCGACUCGUAAUUCGCACAAGGAAGUUAAUGAUGACUAAUUUGCAACAAAUUAAAGCUGCUGCUACAUCUCAGCAGCAGCAACAGCGGCAGCAGAAGGAAGUGGAGGAGAAAGCCAAGCUAAAAGAAGAGGAAGAGGACAAUCUGAGCUUGAAAUCUUACGGUUCUCACACGCACUAUCCAAUUAAAGGGAAACCAGUAAAGAAGAAAGAACCCGUCGUGACAAUAAGCACAGAUAAAGAUGAGGUCGAGUAUGGCUUCUGUGAUGAUGAUGACGACGACGACAAUAAAGAUGAAGCCAAUGAUCAUGAUGAUGAUGACGACGACGAUGAAGACGAUUGGGAUGAUGAAGACAAUGAAGACGAAAUUAUGGACGAAAAACCGAGAAGAUCAAUUCACAGUUCGCAAAAACAAGAGGAGGAAGAGGAAGAAAUGCCGAUGGAUUGUUUUCCCCCAGAUUUCUACCAUAGGUUUCCAAUUCUAUCGUUGGAAGGGACUCAAUUCGGCGUUGUUUGGGCGAACAUACGACUCAAAACUUUCCGCUUGGUUGAGAACAAAUACUUUGAAACGGCCGUGAUUACUAUGAUUCUUCUCAGCUCGUUGGCUCUAGCACUUGAGGAUGUCCACCUGCCUGCAAACCCAAUUCUGACGGACAUUUUAUUCUAUAUGGAUCGGAUUUUCACCGUGAUUUUCUUUUUUGAGAUGUUGAUAAAAUUCUUGGCUCUUGGAUUUGUGUCGUACUUUACAAAUGCUUGGUGUUGGUUGGAUUUCGUUAUCGUAAUGGUCUCUGUAAUCAACUUUGUCGCCGCACUUCUGGGUUUUGGAAGUGUGCAGGCCUUUAAAACAAUGAGGACAUUGCGAGCUUUACGACCUUUACGAGCCAUGAGUAGGAUGCAGGGGAUGAGAAUCGUUGUAAACGCCUUGGUUCAAGCGAUCCCUUCCAUUUUCAAUGUGCUGUUGGUGUGUCUGAUAUUUUGGCUGAUAUUUGCAAUUAUGGGAGUUCAAUUGUUCAGUGGAAAGUUCCACAAGUGCAUCGACCCCUUGGAUGGGACCCGGCCAGAUUAUCGAAUUAUCCGAGAUAAGAAGGAAUGUCUUCACAACAACAUGUCAUGGGAAAAUUCUGUCAUGAAUUUUGAUCAUGUGGGGAAAGCGUAUCUUUGUCUAUUUCAAGUUGCAACGUUCAAGGGUUGGAUUCAGGUUAUGAAUGAUGCGAUUGAUUCACGCGACAAUCCGGAGCAUCAACCUCACCGUGAAGUCAAUUUUGUCAUGUACGUGUACUUCGUGGUGUUUAUCAUAUUUGGAUCUUUCUUUACGUUAAAUCUAUUUAUUGGCGUGAUCAUUGACAAUUUCAAUGAACAAAAGAAAAAGUCUGGAGGAAGUAUGGAAAUGUUUAUGACGGAUGACCAGAAAAAAUAUUAUGCUGCUAUGAAAAAGAUGGGCAACAAAAAACCAUUGAAAGCAAUUCCUCGUCCAUCGUGGCGACCUCAGGCCAUUGUGUUCGAGAUUGUGAUGAACAAAAAUUUUGACAUGAUUAUCAUGCUGUUUAUCGGACUUAACAUGUGGAGUAUGACAAUGGAUCAUUAUCACCAGACCGAGAGUUGGGAUAGGGCCCUGGGGAUCCUUAAUGCAAUUUUUAUUGCAAUCUUCUCAGCAGAAUGUGGUUUAAAGAUAUUUGCGCUGCGUUACCACUACUUUACAGAACCGUGGAACUUAUUUGAUUUUGUGGUGGUCUUGCUCAGUGUCGCGGGUAUAAUGCUCAGUGACAUUAUUGCCAAAUAUUUCGUAUCACCGACACUUUUAAGGGUUGUCCGUGUUGCCAAAGUUGGGCGUGUUCUACGUCUUGUCAAAGGUGCCAAAGGAAUUAGGACACUUUUAUUCGCCUUAGCGAUGAGUUUACCUGCACUAUUCAACAUUUGUCUGCUGCUUUUCCUGGUGAUGUUCAUUUUCGCAAUUUUCGGGAUGUCAUUUUUCAUGAAUGUAAAACUGAGGGACGGACUUGACACGGUUUACAAUUUUCAAACCUUUGGCCAAAGUAUAAUUUUAUUGUUCCAAAUGUCCACAUCCGCAGGGUGGGACAGUGUUCUUGCUGGUAUCAUAAAUGAAGAUGAAUGCGACGCUCCAAACGUGGAGCUGGGAACAGCAGGGACGUGUGGAAACAGUGCAGUGGGGAUUGCAUACUUGUUGAGCUAUUUAGUAAUUAGUUUCCUAAUUGUUAUCAAUAUGUACAUUGCUGUGAUUUUGGAAAACUAUUCACAAGCAACAGAAGAGGUUCAAGAGGGACUCACGGACGAUGAUUAUGACAUGUACUACGAAAUUUGGGCCCAGUUUGAUCCAGACGGGACGCAGUACAUUCGAUAUGACCAGCUCUCUGACUUUCUCGACGUUUUAGAACCGCCGUUACAGAUACAUAAGCCAAACAGGUUCAAAGUAAUAUCGAUGGAUAUUUCCAUCUGCAAGGGCGAUAUGAUGUACUGCGUCGACAUUUUGGAUGCAUUGACACGAGAUUUUUUUGCUAGGAAAGGCAACUUCAUCCAAACUGAUGGCGCAGACCUUGCAGAGGUCAAUCCAAAUCUUCAAGAUCGACCCGACUAUGAGCCCGUGAGUUCUACUCUGUGGCGUCAGCGUGAAGAAUAUUGUGCCCGGCUAAUACAACAUGCUUGGAGAAAGCACAAAAAUCCACCAGAGGAUGAAAACGCUACGAUUACGGAAGAAGUCAAAGGUAGAGUCUCACCAAUUUUAGAAGAAAUCGAAAGAUCUGUUUCACCCUCAUCAUCAUCUCAGGUGGUGAAGGCUUAAAUAAGUCAAGAAUUUAAAUGAAUCUCGUUCAGGAAUUUAUUUUAAGUUCUCGUUUAAUAUAUAUUCAGGAAUUUAUUUUAAGUUCUCGUUUAAUAUAUAUGCAAAUAAGGAUAUGUAAAUGUUGAUACUGUAAGGCAUCGUGAUAGCAUUAUUUAAUUUCUUUCAAGCCAUUCGACAUAUUUACUUAUCACACAAAACUGAUCAUGUAACAAAAGUGAAAAACUGACCUUCAAUGUGACCAAUCAAACCAAUUCAUAUAACUUUUAAUACUUGAAACCAGGAAUUUAUACAGUGUAUCAUCACAUGUGGAAUUUUACCAAUCGGAACAAAACUUGAUAUUUUUUGUACCUCGAUGUUCACAUACUCAUCAAUCUAUAAAACCGACUGUACUCCAAAUUCAUACUUGCAAAUUAAUUCUGUAUUUUUUGCGCCCAAUUAUAAGAUAACAAAAGUAACAGUCUGAUUACUUUUAUAAAAUUAUGCUUUCACCAAAUAUUUCCGAAUAGUUAUUGCAAAUCAGUGCCAGAACAAAUCUUAUAUAAUUCAGCGCUUAUUAUUCGUAAUAAUUCAUUUGCAGUUUUACCCAAAAUAGUUUAUAGUCGAUCGCUAGCAUAAUGUAUUGUAACGUUUAUUUAUGAUUUAAAGAGUCUAAAUAAAUAAAUAAGCAGCCUAUCCCUUUAAUAAACAUGAAACUAUAAUACAA